UGGGGUUUGCUACUGCGCAUCCGUGGGGGUACUAAAAGUACAUUACGCCCGAAAUGCAGUUGACAGUUUAGCUAAACGAAUGGACUAUUUUAGAAUGGCUUAAUAUGGUACUUUUGCAUUUUGUAUUCCAAACCAGGAAGAGAAUCUCUUCUUCUCUGUGGACCUCCAGGCUGCUGAGGUUUUAGGAUUGAAGGACAAAGGCUAUGUUCAGAGGGUUUUAAAGUAGCCGUAUCAUUACGGGGAAAAUCCCUUAAUCUGAUAUAUUUGAAACAACCGAAGGGUUCGCAUAUCUGUGAGUGUCCCAGAGGCAGCUGUGAAGCAUACCCUUAGCACCGGAAAAUGAGUGAACUUGAUCAGUUGCGUCAAGAAGCUGAGCAGCUCAAGAACCAGAUCAGAGAUGCCAGGAAAUCAUGUGCAGAUGCCACUCUUGCUCAGAUUACAGCCAGUGUUGAUCCUGUGGGUCGAAUUCAGAUGCGUACCAGAAGAACGUUGAGGGGACAUCUGGCUAAAAUCUAUGCUAUGCAUUGGGGCACAGACUCUAGGUUACUUGUGAGUGCCUCUCAAGAUGGUAAACUCAUCAUCUGGGACAGUUAUACAACAAACAAGGUUCAUGCAAUUCCUUUGCGUUCUUCCUGGGUUAUGACUUGUGCUUAUGCACCUUCUGGCAAUUAUGUGGCUUGUGGUGGACUUGAUAAUAUUUGCUCCAUUUACAACUUGAAAACUCGUGAAGGAAAUGUUCGUGUAAGUCGUGAAUUGGCUGGACACACAGGUUAUCUGUCAUGUUGCCGUUUUCUGGAUGACGGUCAAAUAGUUACCAGCUCAGGAGACACCACCUGUGCUCUGUGGGACAUUGAAACUGGUCAGCAGACGACGACAUUUACUGGACAUACUGGUGAUGUCAUGAGUCUUUCUCUAGCCCCUGAUUCCAGAUGUUUUGUCUCUGGUGCAUGCGAUGCCUCUGCCAAAUUAUGGGACAUCCGAGAGGGAAUGUGUCGACAGACCUUCACAGGGCAUGAGUCUGACAUCAAUGCUAUUUGUUUCUUCCCCAAUGGCAAUGCCUUUGCCACAGGCUCAGAUGAUGCCACCUGUAGGCUGUUUGACCUUCGUGCUGAUCAGGAGCUAAUGGUUUAUUCCCAUGACAAUAUUAUCUGUGGCAUUACUUCAGUAGCAUUUUCCAAGAGUGGACGCCUACUUUUAGCUGGAUAUGAUGACUUUAACUGUAAUGUGUGGGACGCACUGAAAGCAGAUCGUGCAGGUGUUCUUGCAGGCCAUGACAACCGUGUAAGUUGUCUUGGUGUAACAGAUGAUGGCAUGGCUGUAGCAACAGGAUCGUGGGAUAGUUUCCUUAAAAUCUGGAAUUAGUCUAUGGCAAAAAGGACUUUCUGAUGCCAGAAGACAUUCCAGUAUUGCAGAAUUGAAGUUUUUGCAUAUCUAAUUAGUCAUAUACUGACUUGGACAUCCCCCAGACUUCAAAGGGCAAAAUCUACUUUUCACAGUUUUCUGAAACUAAGAGCACAAUUAUCUUAAAAAAAUGAAGACUUUCUGUACUAAAACAGUGCUUUUAUUUGGGGACCAUUUUCUGUAUUUGUCUUGAGACUUAAAAACACUAUCAUCCUACAAGGUUCACUAACAAAGCUCUGAAGAGUAUCAAACAUGAAUAAGGUUUUCAUUCUAAGUUUAUUUAAAAAAAAAAAAUAGAUCAGUGAACCUGUUCACUUGUCAUGUUAAAAAAAACAUUCAGGCCUUGUUUUAACUCCUAUAUUGACCUGUUUUAAAAUCUUAUGCAUAGAACGGUUUUAAACAAGUUCACUCAUUUCUUUUUAAUAUAUUGCUCAACCUAAUGAAAGUAAAAGUCUGAACCCAGUGGCCCUGGGAUUGUUGUAAAUGUAGUUCCUUUUUUUAUUCAUUGUCACACUGUUGCACGUGUGACAUAUAUAGAAUGAUGAGUUUCAUGUAACCAAGCACAUGCUUUUUAUGGUAAUGAAUGCUUGAUUAAAAUGUGGGUAACAUGAUAAAAUGCAACUAAAAUCUACCCUGUACUUCACAUGAAUUUGUAUUCCCUUUUUUGUUUUUGGCGGUGUGUUGGUUAUGUGGCACUCUUCUUUCUCAGACCACACACCUAUUUUCUGUAGCCCACCCACCCCUCAAACGGUUAAUUUCUCAUUUACUUUGAAACUGUUUUCUUAAACUAGGCACUAUUCCUUGCUAGAAUUUUCAGUCAUUUCUUUGUGUAUUAAAUGAUGUACAAAUCAAUGUUUUGAAAAUAAUGAUUUUGAAAUUUCUAAGUUAAACAGAUUUUUUUUUAUUUCCAUAUGGGUGGGUUUAUUGUUACAAUCGCAUGCUGUAGAAUUGCUGAGAUGUGAGUAUGGAGUUAUUUUUCUUUUAAGACAUAACCUAUUGAAAUAUAUCCUUUGCAGCUGUUAUGAUUUAAAAUGUUGCUACUCUGUGUAGAAACUUGAGAAAUUUAAGAAGCCAUGCACGUUUUUUUUGUUUUUUUUUUUUUAUGUUGGAUAUUUUAUGGAGUAGCACUAUAAAAAUCUCUCAUAGUACCAUGUCCUGGUAUCUAGUGAGAGUCAAAAUGACCAUUAUUUACACACCCAGCUUUGGAAGUGAAGCAGUCUAGUGUGAAUCCAUUGAUUUGUACGAAGCUCAGAAAUAGUUUUUUAAAGAACAGGUUUCCAGACUUUCUUCUAUAAUUAAAAUGAUACCAAAUUAUUUUGGUGGUUUCCAUUUUCUCGGUGUAUUCAGAUAUGCUCUUCCCCUGGCGGCAGUAGAUGCUUCUUUUCUUCCCUGCAGCUUUCUGUACAAAUUGUUAACACUUGUGAAUUAGGCCUGGACUUUGGCAAAAAAAAGAAGUUUCUCUAGCCAUGAAGUUCUGUAGGGCUCAUUGCACCCACGUACCAGUCUAUACCUUUUGUAUUUAAUUUUAAAGUUGGUGUACUACAAGAAAGCUGGAUGCAAGAUAGAUACUCUAUUAAAAUGUACUGUUAUUUAAGAUGUAAUAAAGCAGUUUGACAUGA